AACGCCGAGAUGUGUCUGAACUGCCGGAAAUUGUGGGAUACGAAGAAGAAGACUACCCUGGCGAUUACGGGCGAAUAGCAUUGGUUGAGUCUAGUCCGUCGGAGAUUCAAAAGAAGAAGCUGGAAACACUGAGGAACUUCACUGCUGAAGAAAGAACAAGAAUGUUUUCACUCGAGAGGUUUAGAGAUGUUGUCAACGAGCAGGUAACUGCUGCAGCUGAGGAAAUAUUUGACGAUUUUACAAGAACUGUCGUCGAGGAUGAGGCAGAAAUCAACCGUCACCGCAGAAUACAGGACAUCAUUUGGAAACCUCACAUCCGCUUACACAGAAUAGAUGUCACACAGCAGCAUGUGUGUAAGGAGGAGGAGGAGGUUGAACCUGAGCAGCAGCUCUGCCACAGGGACAGGAAGUCCAGUCUGGACCAGGAGGAUCCAGAGCCUCCACAGAUAAAGGAAGAGCAGCUCAAACAGGAGGAGACUGAGAUGUUGAUGUUGACUCCUACUCAGGAGGAAAACGUCCCGCAGCAACAUGUGUGUAAGGAGGAGGAGGUUGAACCUGAGCAGCAGCUCUGCCACCAGGAGAGGAAGUUCAGUCUGGACCAGGAGGAUCCAGAGCCUCCACAGAUGAAAGAGGGGCAGGAGGAAGAGCAGCUCAAACAGGAGGAGACUGACAUGUUGAUGUUGACUCCUACUCAGGAGGAAGGUGAACAGAGUGAAGCAGAUGGACAAAAUGAACACCAGCUCCUUUCUGAAAAACUAUAUCCCUGCACACACACAGAUGUCCUGCAGCAACAUGUGUGUAAGGAGGAGGAGGUUGAACCUGAGCAGCAGCUCUGCCACCAGGAGAGGAAGUCCAGUCUGGACCAGGAGGAUCCAGAGCCUCCACAGAUUAAAGAGGAGCAGGAGGAAGAGCAGCUCAAACAGGAGACUGACACGUUGAUGUUGACUCCUACUCAGGAGGAAGACAUCGGGCAGCAACAUGUGUAUAAGGAGGAGGAGGUUGAACCUGAGCAGCAGCUCUGCCACCAGGAGAGGAAGUCCAGUCUGGACCAGGAGGAUCCAGAGCCUCCACAGAUUAAAGAGGAGCAGGAGGAAGAGCAGCUCAAACAGGAGGAGACUGACACGUUGAUGUUGACUCCUACUCAGGAGGAAAGUGAGCAGAGUGAAGCAGAUGGACAAAAUGAACACCAGCUCCUUUCUCACAACUCUCAUGUUGCUGAGAAUCAAGAUCCCAAAGAGAACAAGCAGAAAGACUCAAAGAUAACUGUAAAAUCCAAACCAAGACAAGAGACAGAAAGAAAACACACAGACGUCCCGCAGCAACAUGUGUGGAAGAAGGAGGAGGUUGAACCUGAGCAGCAGCUCUGCCACCAAGAGAGGAAGUCCACUCAGGACCAGGAGGAUCCAGAGCCUCCACAGAUUAAAGAGGAGCAGGAGGAAGAGCAGCUCAAACAGGAGGAGACUGACACGUUGAUGGUGACUCCUACUAAGGAGGAAGAUGUUCUGCAGCAACAUGUGUGUAAGGAGGAGGAGGUUGAACCUGAGCAGCAGCUCUGCCACCAGGAGAGGAAGUCCAGUCUGGACCAGGAGGAUCCAGAGCCUCCACAGAUUAAAGAGGAGCAGGAGGUAGAGCAGCUCAAACAGGAGGAGACUGACACGUUGAUGUUGACUCCUACUCAGGAGGAAGGUGAGCAGAGUGAAGCAGAUGGACAAAAUGAACACGAACUCCUUUCUCACAACUCUCAUGUUGCUGAGAAUCAAGAUCCCAAAGAGAACAAGCAGAAAGACUCCGAGAUGACUUUAAAAUCCAAACCAAGACAACAGACCGAAAGAAAACACACAGGUGAGAAUUUGAAUCAGCACAUUCUUAUUCACACAGGUACAAAGCCGUAUACCUGUGCAGAGGUGUCAACAGUAUUCACAUUCAUUACUCAGGUAGAAGUAUAGAUACUAGUGUUUAAAAAGACUUCUGUAAAAGUUGAAGUAUCAACUCAAGCUUUUUACUCAAGUAAAAGUGUACUGAUUUCAAAACUACUAAAAGUAUAAAAGUAAAAGUCAUGUGAGGGGAAAAAUGCCAUUAUGGACUAAAGCUUAGGCUGCGCCACAAGGGCCUUUCUAAAGGCCAUAAUGACUAUAAUGUCAUAUUAAAAUGUUAAUGUUGAAAAAUUUGGGAUGCACCUGUUUCAGCCACAUUAAUGCCCAUUGAAAAUGAACGCAUUUUAGUACAAUGCAA